CCAAUCUACGAUGGCCAUGACUCUUGACUGUUGUUCAUUCUGACGCAGAGGCAAAUGAGUUGGAUCACCUGUCAUCGAGCACUGUGUGAGAUCUAGGUUAGGCGGGAGGCGAAAGGCUAUGCCUACAUCCAUCGGCAGGCAAGGCUCAACUGACCCGGUUAAAUAGGCAGCGCGGCGCCCCUUAUCCACCACCCACACCACAUCGAAUUGGAGUUACCUCUGCAAACAAUGGCACAAACCAUGAGAUUCAGCAGCAGUGAGCCUACUUCAUUGGCAGAAGCGUGCAAGCUGGCAUGGCAUACAUUCUAUGGUAUGCAGAAAGCGUCUGAAGACUUCGAAAACCUCCGUUUCGAGGUCUGGACCGUUGCUAUCAGCCUGGACUCAUUACACAGCGUGGGUACCACGACGACGCUGAUUGACCGACAACCAGACAGAGGACGUUGGGCGUUGACGUUUUCGAAACUUUUGGCAUCAUUGGGCUCCGCACUACGACCACUGCAUGGUCUGGUCAGACUGUAUCUGUCCAGCUCGGCCAAAGAGCGCGCGACUGUGAAAAACUGGCUCACACAUCCAGACCUGACGUACGAAGGCCUUACGAUCCAGGACUUUCGAAGGAAGCUGUCUAUGUUGGUCGAGAGCCUGAACGUGUUUCUGUCCUGUCUCACACAUGCGGAGCUUGCGAGAGCCAAAGACGUCUCGGAAACUGAGGAAUGGCGUGUUUUCUCCGAAGUCACCAAAAAGGUCCUCCACAAAUGGGACUCAGACGUGGCUUCAGGAAUCAGGCGGCCGGCCGACAAGACUGCACAGCCGAUUGAGCCUCCAGGAUACGUCAACGAAGAUGUCAAAAGCUACAUCACGCCACUGUUGAACAAUCGAUCUCCGGGUCUGGGUGUGCAGAUGCCUGAGCCGCCUCCUUCUCCCAUGCCGCCGAGAGCGAAAGAUGGACGACAGUCUCAACACCCUGGCGGAGUCAUGAACCUGGAAGAUAUCGAGCAUGGUUUCCGGAGCCAUAUGCACGCCAUGCGUCGCAUACGGGAACAGCUUCGGCAACAGAAGAUGAACAACAACCACUUUUCGGACCAAGCUUCGUCGCACUUCCCGGAAGUGAAUAACAGCACACUCGGGCCUCGUCCGGGGGGCAUGCCUCCCCCAACUCCGACCACACCAACCCUACAACGCAACGAGUCGUCUCAGACUGACAGCUCUGUGGACUACGCCGACGCCUCAAGUAGUGGUAGUUCGGGCUCACUCCAAAGCUCGGAAACUGGCAGCGUCGUCUCUGGCUACCAGAACAAUGCCGACGAGGACACGAAACCGGGUCAGCGGCGGUCACCUGCACAACACGAACGGAAACGAAGGCGAGCUCAGUAUCGUUUCAAGACCGGGCUCGAGGACGAGAACUCACAGUCCAGUGACGGCUCGGGCUCCGAAGAACUGGCGGACAAUCGGUCGCGGGCUAAAUCACGACUGGAACAGAUGUUGACUGCGGCUUUGUUCUUUGACCAAUAGUUACUAUACGCUAUAUAAAUUACGGGUGUGAUUGGCGGAAAGGGGCCUUGGAUUUGAACGGCAAUGAAACUUGCGCUGUAUUUGUGUGGAAUUUUUAACGACUGGUCGGGGUAUAGCGAGGCAGGAUUGGAAGACGGGUGUAAUGGUGAAAUUAUAUAAGAUACACACACGUGCACACGAAACCCAUGAUGCUUGUCUGCGUAACGAGACACCAAAAGGCGAGGAUUGUCUGCUUCUCGCUCUCGCCUUCACCCUCCUCUCCUCUCAUAAGGUGCAUAGACUGACCUUCAGCAGGCUACGUCCACUGUCGCACAAGGAGGCUGCAGUUACUGCCUGGAGUCCCUCGACGAGGUCGUCAGCAGAGGCUGUUUGGAGCGGUUGUCCUUCGUGGCCUGAUCGAGUCCGCCUUUGUAAGGCGGGCCAUGUCACAAUCGUAUCCUCGUACCGAGCGCAUGGGUGUCAGGAGAUAGUAUGGUGGAGUGCAGGCUGCACCUCGCCCAAUCUCAGCAGCUGUGAGAGCGCCAACCAAAGUAUGUGAGUGGCUCAUCGAUGAAAGUGACCUGGCGGCGAGUCUCUGUAACAACCCUGAGGAACAGCGCACUAAUAAAAAUUGACUUGUGGGAAUCUGAAGCGCGCACCACCACAACCAAGAGAGUAUGCUUUGUCG